AGAUCUUUUGAAAGUUAAACGAUAGCUUCAAACCAUAGCUUCAAGCUCAGUCUCUCGUUAUUAUGUGGGUUAAAAACUUAAGUCUUUUAUUUGCAGUUGCAACCACCGUUGCUGCUACAUCUUCAGGGAUCACCCCCACUUCCAAUGCAACUACCGUUGCUACUGUAUCUCCUUCGGGGGUUACUGCAGCCCCAGAUACAACCACUUCAACCACCCCUCUACCUAGCCUUGCCCAUACUGCUUCCAUCAACGGUUUUGCAGACAAGAUUUAUGAUGAAUUGCCAAGCUGUGCUCAACAAUGUGUAAGAGCAAAUACCAGUGUUACACCAUGUGCAUACUGGAAUACGAGAUGUUUGUGUAUCAUGUCUAAUUUCGGUGAUUUGGUAGCUGAGUGUGUGGCUUCAUCUUG